UCUAAUUUCACCCACCGGCUUCAACCGCACCCUUUGAAUUUUUCUCCAUUCUGGCCCUCUUCUUCAAUCAGCUCUAUCCCUCUCUGGUUUGAGGAGAGAGAGAGAGAAGAGAGAGAGAGAGAGAGAGAGAGAGAGAGCAGAUGUGUCCUUUGCGACUGAUCCUCAUAUUUCUGUCGGCGAGUCUUGCCGGAUUCUUCCUCGUCAGAAACCUCAAAUCUCCCUCCCAGCAGCUCGACGACGCCAAUGGCGACGACGGCGACGCCAAUGGCGACGACGGCGACGCCAUCGCCGACGAUUCCGCCUCCAGAUUUUCGAAGGUGGGAAUGGCGAUGAAGUCUGGAUUCUGGACAUGCGUUGACAUGGCAAGUGGUCGCUACCUCUGGAAGCACCUCUCUUCUUCUUCUGCAAAGCGAUCCUCCUGAUUCUUCUCUCCUUCUGUGUGUUUUGUCUUGUAACUGUAGUUGCUUGUAUUGAAAAAACAAACACAGAUUGCAUAGUGUGUACAAUAAUGUAGAUCAUGUUGUUCAUCACUGAAUUUCAAUAAAAAUCUGCUUCACGAUCUCCAA